UUCUAGAAAUGACAAGGCUUAUGUUUCUAAACAAGCAGCGGAAUGCUACAAAAAGUAUGUUGGCAAUUCCAUCCCUAAACACGAUGACAGAGACCACCAGACCUUUCAAAAACUCAAACAAAAACUGGCCUUCAACACUGCUGGGGUUCUCUCAUGUCUUGACAGAACCUGUACAUCAGACAUUGAGCACAUUGUAGAUUUGUGGAAGGGAAUCCACCAAAGAAAAUGUUCUAAUACACAUGCAUUGGUCAACUUUAUCUUUGCCCAGAUGAUGCUUUCAAACAAAAACAGAGCUACAUUCAAUUAUGAUUAUAAAGACACUAUUAAAGAAAGAAAGCCACCAUCCUCUGCCACACAAGCAGAGUAUUACAUUUUAUGCUUGCUUCUGUUUUGGCCUGCAGAUAAUGAGGACAAACCAGUCUCUGAUCUCAAUCAGUUAAUCAAGCAUGCAAGUAAUGCUUAUGAUCGAGAAUACAAGACCAUGUUUAGCUCAAGAUACCUACGACCCCUGUUUUUUAUUGGGCCAGGCAAAGGCUUAAGCCGAUUCGUUCAACGCCGGGAACUUGAGAUUGUGUGGACUAAAGAUGCACUUCAAGAGUCAAACAUAAACUGGAGGAAUGAGAGCAUCUUCAGAGAUCAAACAGUUGAAGAACGGCUUCUCAAAUUUGAAGGAGUUGUGCAUGACUACCGAGUCUAUGCAAAACUCAGAGGUACUGAAGUUGAACUCGAGGCCAACCGAAAAGAUAGCCUAUGCAGAUCAGGACAGGUUUACUUUCACCUCGGAUUUACCAUCAGAGGUCCGGUAGCCUUCAGAAUUCAGAGGAGAUUACCAGUUACUAAGGGGGAUCUCAAAAUCAAAACUCCUGACAACAUACAUGAGUAGCUUUGCCUCGUCUGUUCCUGUUUGGCUCUGACGUCAUCCUGGAGAGAAACA